AUGCGAGGUCUACCUCUGAUCUUCGUCGCGGAGGUCCGCCUAGCUUUCCAAUCCUGUUCUAGACAACAUGUUGCGUCCAGGAAGACCCAAUUCAGUACUUUCAGGCCACUGCUGAAGAAGUCUCCUCCGCGCAGAAAGGUCGAGGCGCCCAUUCAGGUAGUGCACAGUCAGCUCCGAGCACAGAAAGAAGGCUCCGUCAGCACCAGAGGAGCAAAAGAUAAUGCGGUGGCCAACGGACAAGCUGGGAGCAGCAAAGACCUGGUCGCGGUUCAAGAGGGAGGGAGAGCUCUUCAAGAUGGCCGAAAGGUCGAGGUGCCAUACAAAGUCAUACCAAGGGCCGACAUUACUCCAAACUUGACCCUAUCGCCAAAAGAACGACUGCACAUUGAGCAGCUCACGCGGAACCUGCCCCCUCGAACCGAGCCAAAAGUGUACAAGAAAAAGCUACGAAUAUACAGCGUAGGAAAUGGCAAGAUUUAUGCCAUCACCUUCUUGCGCUUCGCCGCCAUCUUUGCUCUGUGCUUGACCACGGUUGUGGUAGCACCAGCUCACUGGCUGAAUGGCAGCUCCAUCAUCACCGUCGCUGGAUUGUGGUUGGCUGGGUUUGUACCGUUCGCCUUCAUUCAUUGGACACUGAGGCCAAUGGUGACUGAAGUCUUUCUAAGACUUCCACAGUCCGCACAACAUUCGCCGAAGGCUGCAAUGGCGUAUGCUACAAAUCUGCCUGCUGACGCCGUACUGGACAUGCGGUUUAUGAGGGCAACAACAUUGUCUGACUAUAUAUCCGUGCGACUAGACCAUACGAAGCCGGUCAUGAGCUAUAUUCGUCCUGUAAAUUUCGAAUGGGUGGGACCAUUCGUUCACCGGGGAGGUUUCCUCAGACCAAAUCCAACCCAGUUCUAUGUUCGUGCAGAGUCGGCUAAAGGAAGAGCGGCUUGGGAUGUCACUCCUGGGAUCUGGAAACAGGUCUACGAGCGACUCACUGGAAAUGAAAGCAGUUCUGUGGCUCGAUGGAGGCGGUGA